GUGGUGAUGGUGUCAAUUAUGGUGUUGGUAAUGGGGGCUGAUAAAGGGAUGAGCCAAAGCGGGGGCAGCAGCAGCAGCAGCAGCACUUGCAGUAGCUCAUUUUUCUCAACCCUGGUUCAACUGAUCCCUUGCAGGCCAUCAGUGGCCCCGUUUAGCCCAAUUCCACCAAAUGAAGUGUGCUGCCAAGCCAUCAGACUUCUGGGCCAGCCUUGCUUGUGCAUCCUCAUCAACGGUCCUCCCAUUUCUGGUGUUGACCGCAACAUGGCUAUUCAGCUCCCUGACAAGUGUGCUGCUAACUUUGAACCAUGUAAGUAGUAGUUGUUACUAUUUA